UCGGGAGGCGGAACCUAAGAAACGGGAGGAAGCCGGGGUGGCCGGCUUCGGGAGCGCCCGGGGAGGAAGCGGAAACGCGUUGCCACUUUAAAGGCGUCGGCCCGCCCCUGGCGCUCCUCUUUCCGUCUCCGGCCGCCGUAGGGACAGCAGCCGCCAUGUCCGCGCAUCUGCAGUGGAUGGUCGUGCGCAACUGCUCCAGCUUCCUGAUCAAGAGGAACAAGCAGACCUACAGCACCGAACCCAAUAACCUGAAGGCCCGCAACUCGUUCCGCUACAACGGCCUCAUUCACCGCAAGACCGUGGGAGUGGAGCCCGCGGCCGACGGCAAGGGCGUCGUGGUGGUCAUGAAACGCAGAUCCGGUCAGCGGAAACCAGCCACAUCUUACGUAAGGACCACCAUCAACAAGAAUGCACGGGCCACCCUCAGCAGCAUCCGUCACAUGAUCCGAAAGAACAAGUACCGCCCCGAUCUGCGCAUGGCGGCCAUCCGCAGGGCCAGUGCCAUCCUGAGAAGCCAGAAGCCCGUGGUGGUGAAGAGGAAACGCACCCGUCCCACCAAGAGCUCCUGAGCCCUCCCCAGAGCAAUAAAGAGUCCGCUGACAGCCAGUUA